AUGUCUUCCAUCUUUUGUUGUUCCAGUAUUCAGGGUUAUAAGAACCGUAUCCUGUCCCACGAACCCAAGUUCCAGAUUUUCAUGGCUUGGGCCAGCUAUCCCAAAGAGAGCAGCGCUGUCUCCUCUAAGACGGCGCCGACCUCGACUGACAUCACCUUCGCAGUCCAACUUGUCAGGCAAACCAACUACGGCCCGCUCGAUAACAAACGAUACUUCAUUACCGGCUCUGAUGGUGCCUUCGUUGAGGUGACUGAGCAGUGGCUCGUUGAUGCGAACUUCGAGAAGCUGAAUACGUUCAAGAACUUCAAAUGUGCAACCCACAACAAGUUCUUCGAACUUAAUAUUUAUCAGAAUAACCCGUUAAAUGCGCACCAUUGGCGUGCUGACAUCGCUAGACCUGCGACGGAGAUUGAUCUGUAG